AUGACGAGCUCAUCCAGCCAGGCAGGAUUUUCUCGAGGCGAUCAGCGCCACAAUUCACUUUCGAGCUCUGGAUAUAUCAUGUCAGAUGCACGAAAUCCCCGCAUCGACACGUUGGCCAACUCUCAAGCUCAACCGUCACACUCGAACCCGUCUGCUUUCGACACCUCAUCUCCUGUUUCUAUUGAUUUUAGUUUCCCCUUCGCCGGCAGCCCUCAUGGCAGUAGCAACAGCGGCAUCGAUGCCCCUCCCGAUAUUCGACUCAGUCAUAGUCAAGGGUUUCCCAGCCGAAGUUCAAUCCCAGAUCUCUCCCGUUACACCUCUGGGAGAGUCCCCAGCCCACAACACCGCGCCAGUCUGGCCAGUAUCGACUCGGCAUUCGAUCAUGAUCUUUUCGGCGCUUCAGCGUUGAAUCAAUGGACUCCGGCCAAUUCAACCAAUCAAGCAGUGAGUAAUUCGGAUUCUUCGCCAAGAAAACCCGCCAGUGCGACGGAGCAGGACAAAAAACCCUCCACGGAGGAGGAGAAACCGCCUGCAUGGAGCGAAUUGAAAACCAAAGCGGGCAAGGAGAGAAAACGGCUGCCCCUGGCUUGCAUCGCUUGUCGGCGGAAAAAGAUAAGAUGUUCCGGCGAAAAGCCUGCUUGCAAGCAUUGUCUACGUGCCAGAGUUCCUUGCGUGUACAAGGUGACCACCAGGAAAGCUGCUCCACGUACAGACUAUAUGGCGAUGCUGGACAAAAGGCUGAAGCGAAUGGAAGAUCGAGUCAUCCGUGCCAUCCCCAAGGACGAGCUGCCCGACUUGACCAUGACGGGACGUGCUUCAGUUCGGCCACCUCUUCCCGGCCAAACACCGAAAAAGGACAAGGAACAGCCAAAGAAAAGAUCGGCCGACGAGGCAUUCACGCAAGAACUCAAUGAUUGGAAGAAUUCCAGGGACAAGUCAACGUUGCUCGAUCCAGCCGCGGGGCUCAGAAAACAACGCGAGGGCGAGAAUAAGCUAUUCAUCGAAGGAUCUGAAUCCCUUCCACCCCAACAUAUUCAGGAACAUCUCGCCGAAGUCUUUUUUGACUGCGUUUAUGGCCAAUCGUAUCUUCUCCUUCACAAACCAAGCUUCAUGCGAAAGUUGAAGGCUGGGACUAUUCCUCCGGUUUUGAUACUGGCCGUGUGUGCCAUAUCAGCUCGAUUUUCCACCCACCCUCACGUCAGCACCGAACCGGCCUUUCUCCGUGGAGAACAGUGGGCAACACCUGCCCGUCGAAUUGUGGAAAAACGCCACUAUGAACCGAACAUAACCAUCCUCACGGCCAUGCUGAUGUUAGGUUUACACUACUUUGGCACCUGCGAGGGUGGCUUGUCCUGGUCCUUCGGUGGCCAGGCUAUGCGGAUGGGUUAUGCGCUGCAACUACAUCGGGAACUCGAUCAUGAUCCACUGGGUCGGAAUCAAAUCGCUAACUCCAACGAUUCAAACAAAAAUGGUCCCAAACCGCCCGAAUUAUCAUUCACGGACCGAGAAAUCCGCCGACGAACAAUGUGGGCUUGUUACUUGAUGGAUACAUUCAAUUCCUCUGGCACAGAACGUCCGUCUUUUCUAAACGAAGACUACUACCAGAUCCAACUACCGAUCAAAGAGUCACACUUCCAGAUGGAAGUCCCUGGGCCCACAGAAGAUUUAUACGGCAACGUGCCGAUGUCCAACAAGAAUUCUCUCGACAACAACGCCGAAGCUGCCGCCGAAGCAAAGGCCAACAUGGGCGUCGCCGCAUAUGUCGUCCGCGGCGUCGUCUUAUGGAAACGCAUUGUCAAGUACCUCAAUCUCGGCGGCAAGGAAAAAGACCCUCAUCCAAUAUGGGAUCCCCUAUCCCAGUUUGCCACUCUUCAACGCGAAAUAUCACAGCUCAAAUCCUCCCUGCCCGACAAUAUUACCUACACCCCCGAGAAUCUUGCAACCCAUGUCUCUGAGCGGCUGGCCAACCAAUAUCUCUUCCUACAUAUUGUCAUCGCUCAAACAUCACUUUUUCUGCACCGCUUUGCCAUCCCCACGACCCCGUCUCGCCGACCUCAUCACCACCACUACACUGCCGCCGGCAUGCCGAAGCCCUUCCUCUCCAAUUCCGCGAACGCUGUGAUUGAGUCUGCGAGUCUCAUCUCCAAACUCAUCGCCGACUCAACGGGCCACACCCUCACGGUCCCCUUCGCAGGCUACUGCGCCUAUGCCGCCGCCACGGUCCACGUCUGGGGUAUGUUUAGCAAGAACUCGGCGCUCGAGGCCGCGUCCAAGGAAAACCUCCGCCACAACUACAAGUACCUCACCCGCAUGAAGCGGUACUGGGGCAUGUUCCACUACAUGGCCGAGUCCGUCAAGGACAUAUAUCGCGCCUUCGCUGACGCCGCACGGCGCCAUGCCCAUGGUCGACCACCCUCGGACUCCACUGGACUGACUUCCUCGAAUUUGCUCCACAGGCACUCCUCCGCCGGCGACGGUUCCGGCACGCAGACGCCCAUGGACCUCGAUGCGACGCUGACGAACCCACCCUCACGGACAGAGACGCCUGGCGCCGACGGAAAACCGUCCACGCACACGGCAAGUUCGUCCUCUGGAUCUUCCAAAGCCAUGUUCCAGUACGGCGACUGGUUCGACAAGUAUCCUCACGGCGUGACCGAGAGCGAAUGGGAGAAAUCCCACCUCGAAUACCGUCGCGAAGCAGGAAACGGCGGCUCCGAAGCUGUUAUGUCUCAGCCCAGUGAGCUGCAGUCUGUCGAAGAAUUCUUCGCCAGCCUCAGCCCGCCUAGUAAAGCAGAUGAUGGACCUGGUGGAGCUAGGGGCAAAAAGGUCGCUAGACGCAGAGGAAAGAGUGUUGCAGAAAACAAGAAGGCGGCGGCGGCUAGGGAGACGGGGAAAAAUGCUUCUUCACCUCCUACGACGAGGGGGGGAUCCGGCACGUCUACUACCGGACCAUCAUCAAACUCACAGCGUCGGCAAUCGCAACAACAGUCAGGACAGCGUCUGUCAAAUGCGGGACUGGAACUCAAUCUCACACAGCCAUUCAAUCCCUCCGAUUUCGACAUCACUUCGCCACCACUUUAUCAGAACUCGCAGUUCUCUGGUCCGCCAUCACAACCAAAUGACCCUUAUGGCUUUGGCACGCCAACAUCGCCGCGUUUCAACUUGCACUUUGUAUCCACACUCCCAGCGAUCGAUCGCCAAAUGGUUUUCGACGCAUAUGCAGGUAUAGACCCCUCGAGUAACGCCAACAACGUGUCCGGACUCAACAACCUCAACAACAGUUCGCCUUCGCUGGGAAAUUUUGGUGGAGCCAAUCCCUGGGAUCAAUUGGACAUCAACGGACUCGGCUUCAAUGAUCCCCUCGCAGGAAGUUCAGGUAUGAUGGACACCGGCUCCUCGGCCUGGUUACUGCCGUUCAACAUCGAGCCGCCCAAUUACGGCGGUAUGGAGGAUUUCGGAAAUACCGCUUUAGAUGGUAUGGAAUUGGGCGAUUUGGCCGGAGGUCACGGAGGGAGUGAUGUCGGUGGACAGUUUUCUGAGCAAAAUCCAGGUAGUGGAAUGGGAGGACAGUCUUGA